UUCGAAUUAUGUGCUCUUUCGGACUUUUUCCGGUGUUACACACGAACCGAAUCCCAGAAACUAGCAAACUCAUUCAAGGGUUUGUGCCACAUAAGUUGAACGAUGUUCCUGACGAGAUCGGAAUAUGACAGAGGUGUCAACACAUUCUCCCCUGAAGGAAGGUUAUUCCAAGUCGAAUAUGCUAUUGAGGCUAUAAAACUUGGCUCCACAGCCAUUGGUAUCCAGACAUCAGAGGGGGUGUGUUUGGCUGUGGAGAAGAGGAUCACCUCGCCGCUUAUGGAGCCCAACAGCAUUGAGAAGAUCGUGGAGAUCGACAGUCACAUUGGUUGUGCGAUGAGCGGCUUAAUAGCCGACGCCAAGACCCUAAUCGACAAAGCCCGGGUGGAAACACAAAAUCACUGGUUCACGUACGAUGAGACCAUGACGGUAGAGAGCGUGACCCAGGCCGUGUCCAACUUGGCGCUGCAGUUCGGAGAGGAGGACGCCGACCCCGGUGCGAUGAGUCGACCAUUUGGCGUGGCACUUCUCUUUGGAGGCGUGGAUGAAAAAGGACCCCAACUGUAUCACAUGGACCCCUCAGGAACCUUCGUGCAGUGUGACGCUCGAGCGAUCGGCUCGGCAUCUGAGGGUGCGCAGAGUUCCCUGCAAGAAGUUUACCACAAGUCCAUGACGCUUAAAGAUGCCAUCAAAUCAUCUCUCACCAUUCUGAAGCAGGUGAUGGAGGAAAAGCUCAACGCCACCAACAUUGAGCUGGCAACUGUGGAGCCAGGGAAGACCUUCCACAUGUACUCCAAAGAAGAGCUGGAGGACGUGAUCAAGGAUAUUUAGAAGUCUUUCAGCAAGUCCACCAGACCUCGGUCAACAAAACACAACUUUCCAUCAGCACAUCCCACUCGGUUCUAUUUGGAUGGCAUCAGAGGUUUUGUCUGUUUGAUGUGCUAAUGGACUUCUUGCCUAUCAGCAAGCAUCCGAGUCGAGCGGCAGGAAAGCAUGGGGAGGGGCGGGGGUAUAAUUUUUUUCUAACAAAUCAGUACUUCAAUUAAACUG